GUCAGAACGACAGCAGUGAUGGCGUCCACAGCGGCGACCCGAGCGGCAGCUGGUGCUGCUAAAGUUGUCAAACCAAUUCUUAGCCGGGACCUGGAUGAAGCAAAGCGCAGAGUCCGGGAGCUGUACCGAGCCUGGUACCGUGAGGUCCCUAACACAGUGGCGAUGUUUCAGCUCGACAUCACAGUGCGUCAGGGACGAGACAAAGUGAGGGAGAUGUUCGACAAAAACAAGCACAUCAACGACCCUCGUGUGAUUGACAUGUUGGUCAUUAAGGGGAAAAUGGAGCUCCAGGAGACAAUCCACAUCUGGAAGCAGAAGACCCAUGUAAUGCGCUAUUUUCAAGAGACUCAGGAACCUCGUCCCACUGACUUCCUGUCCAAAUUCUACGGGGGUCAUGACCCCUGAACUGUGUUGCUGUCUGCUGACCUCUGACCCCUCUUUGCUUGUGUCCAGUGUGACAGAUGUUCCCCUUGACUGUAAAUACACACUUAACACUUA